UUUAUAAGCGCGACUGAAAGACCUAGAAGUAUUCAAACGUCUUUGCCUUUUCCAGUGCAUUACCAACAAGAAUCCAAUUUUGACAACAUGGUGUCCUUCGAAGAAGCCUCUGAACUCGCCAAGAAGUUCACCAAGAAGCCCACCGAUGCCGAGUUCCUGGAGUUCUACGGUCUCUUCAAGCAGGCCACCGUUGGCGAUGUGAACAUCGAGAAGCCCGGCGCUCUGGCUCUGAAGGACAAGGCCAAGUAUGAGGCCUGGAGCUCCAACAAGGGUCUCUCGAAGGAGGCCGCCAAGGAGGCCUACGUGAAGGUGUACGAGAAGUACGCUCCCAAGUACGCCUAAACGGGUAUCUGAUUCUGGACCCCCCAUUCACCUGCGACUACUUAGUUGAGCAAUAAAGAUAAUCCAAGAUAUUAGCAAUAA